AUGUGCAAACCCACCCUCACCUACUGGAGCGUCUUCUUCAGCUUCGGCCUCUGCAUCGCCUUCCUGGGGCCCACGCUGCUGGACCUGCGCUGCCAGACCCAGAGCUCCCUCUCCCAGAUCACCUGGGUCUUCUUCUCCCAGCAGUUCUGCCUCCUGCUCGGCAGCUGCCUCGGAGGGGUCUUCAAGAGGACGUUGGCUCAGUCCUUGUUUGCACUCUUUGCCUCCUCCCUGGCCAUCUCCCUGGUGUUUGCCAUCAUCCCCCUGUGCCACAAUGUGGUGGUGCUGGCUGUGGUCAUGGCUGUGGCAGGGCUGGCCAUGGGCUGCAUCGACACCAUCUCCAACAUGCAGCUGGUGAAGAUCUACCAGAAGGACUCUGCCAUCUUCCUGCAGGCCCUUCACUUCUUCGUGGGCUUUGGGGCCCUGCUGAGCCCCCUCAUAGCCGACCCCUUCCUGUCAGACACCAACUGCAUCCUGUCCAACUCCACAGCCAACGCCUCCAGCUCCACAGCCAACGCCUCCAGCAACCUCCCUCACAUCCGAAAGUCCCUGGUGCCCCACCACCCGGGCAACCUGUCCCACUACGACCUGCCCAUGAAGGGCAUGGUGGUGACCCGUGUCUCCUACGCCUUCUGGAUCAUGGCCCUCAUCAAUGUAAGUGGCUGGGAUCUGGGAGUGGCCCGGGAUCUUGGUUGGGAAGAUCCCUGCUCCUCGGGUUUGGGGGGUGCUGGUGCCUGUUGGGAAUACCAGGAAUACAGCAGGGAGUCUGGGGUGCUGGAGACCAGUUUUGGGGAUGAAGGUCACGACGACUUAUUGAGCUGCUGCCAAAGCAGGAACUUCAGAGGGGCUUCCUACACCUACUUCGCAGUCCACAUCACCGGGGCUCUCGUUCUCUUCAUGACUGAUGGGAUUGUGGGGGAGUACUCAGGCUUCGUGUACAGCUACGCCGUGGAGGAGCCCCUGGCCGUGCUGCACAAGGUCGCCGGGUACCUUCCCAGCCUCUUCUGGGGCUUCAUCACCCUGGGCAGGCUCAUCUCCAUCCCCGUGUCCUACCGCAUGAAGCCGGCGACCAUGGUCUUCAUCAACGUGGUUGGGGUCCUCAUAACCUUCCUCCUGCUGCUGAUUUUCUCCUCCAGCGUCGUCUUCCUGUUCGUGGGCACGGCAUCCCUGGGGCUGUUCCUGAGCAGCACCUUCCCCAGCAUGCUGGCCUACACCGAGGACAUCCUGCAGUACCAAGGUUGUGCCACGACCGUGUUGGUGACUGGAGCUGGGAUUGGGGAGAUGGUCCUACAGCUGCUGGUGGGCUCGAUUAUCCAUGAUCGGGGCAGCUACAGUUUCCUGGUCUGUGGGAUGAUCUUUGGAUGCUUGGCCUUCACCUUCUACGCCCUCCUGGUGUUUUUCCACAGGAUGUACCCCAAGCCCUCUCCAGAGCUGGACGAUGCCUCUCCCGACAAAGCAGCAGUGCCAGAUGACACGGGGCAGUACCAGCGCUGAGGAAGUGGCCAAGCUCUAGACAAGCAAUAAACCAUCCCCCCCCCAAUUAAAGCAUUGCUCUCGAGGAUGAUUUCAACAUUUAGUGACUGAAUCAUGCAAGUUCUCUGCGAUCAAAAGCACAUUCGACUGGGUAAGUGAGAAUCAAGGAAACAUCCCAAAAACACCGUGGCACGAGCUGCCAGUGGCACUGGGACCAGAAGGACUUUAAGUGCCACCUGAAAGGUGUGAGCAGAGAGGAUUUCCCAACAGUUCCUCCUGUAAAUGAACUUCCUUACCUGUUCAGGACGGAGGGUGGGAAGGAAGAGGUUCUCUCUGCUCCACCUGUGACUGAAUGUCUCCUGGCUUAGUCAUUGAAUUGAACAGAUUAUUUUUCUGGCCUGUAAUGGACAGGAGCCCCUUGAAUUUACAGCACAAUACUGGAUUUUAAUUCAUUUUUGUGCAACGUGGACUCGAGUCGAUGUCACCUCCAUUUACCCUCCCAAAGGGGAACAGUUCCACACUGUCUGUAUUUGCACACUUGAUUCCUGUAUAUUCCACACUUCCAAACACCUUCACUAAGACAGUGUCUUACUCAGCAUGCUCAGGCCUCUUGAUUAUUACAAUCAUUUGCUUUUCUUUUUUUUGUUCUGUUGGUUUUUUUUUCUCUGUUUGUUAUUUUUUUUAAAGAAUGAGUUGUGAUGGGUUUGUUUUGCUUUAAGUCAGUCACUUAACUUCAGCUGCUGCAGUGGCAGUGUCCUUUAGGGUGGUUUUAUUUCCAGCUUCCAACUGAAGCUUUCACCAGAGGUAUUUGGGAGCCAGUCUCCAGCUGCUUUUCCUGUGCAAUAUUCUCAUCCAGGUGCCUUGUGUAAGGUACUCUCAUAGCCCACGCAUGGCCUGCUCCAGCUCCGGGGGAAGGACUGGCUUUAGAGGAAUGUAAAAGCUCCAAACAGCUCCUCCUUCAGUGAGUGAUUGGACAUGUUCUUCUUGCUUUAACUGCUGUAUGUGGAUGUACAUAUGUAUGUGUGUAUAUAAAGCAGUGUUUAAUUAAA